AUGUUUGUACCUAUGUUUUAUUUAUCUAUUUGUUAUUUAUUUAUGCUGAUUAUUCAAACAAACACUAGUGAAUCUUCAUGUGUUUAUGAUGUUGGUAAUGGACAAAAAUUAGAUAUUCGUACGUUAGGUUAUGCAAAUGGUAAAGGACCAAAAUAUGAUAAUAUACCUAAUCCAAAUCCUGUCAAAUCUACAUUAAGUUGGAAUGGAUGUUUUUCUUAUUCAAAAUCUGAUAGUGGCAAUUGUAUAGAUGCUGCAGCAUGUUCUACUAAUAUAGGUACGGGUGUGUCAACUGUCAUUGCUAAACAAAGUGAGGCUCAAUUCGAACAUAAUAAAAAUGUCAAUUUACUUGUUUAUCAUACACCUGAUAGACUUCUUACUGUUUAUUUAACAUGUGUUGAUGCUGAUGAAGAUACAGUAAAUGGUCGUCAAGAUGAUGCUCAUACAUUUAAUAUUUAUGUUCAAUCUCGCUGCUGUUGUCCUGGUAAAUGUCAUUAUUCACCUGACUCGAGAUCUAUAAGUGGUGGUGCUAUUUUUAUUAUUCUAUUAGUUUCCAUUCUAUUUGUUUAUAUUAUUGGUGGAAUGAUUUUUUUAAAGUAUACACGUGGUGCUACGGGUUCAGAUAUGAUACCAAAUCGUGUAAUAUGGAUAAAUAUAACGUCAUAUGCUCUUGAUGGACUACGAUAUUCUAUGCAGAUUAUUCGAAAACGAGAUUUCAAUGUUGAUUAUGAAAAAGUAUAA